GCUGAACUGACUUGCACCUGAGUCCUGACAACGUGUUGUUGAAACCGUCACUCCAAUUUGUCCAAAAUGUCCAAACUGUUAAAGAAAGUCAAGGAAGGCAAGGAGAAAGUCAAAGGGAAACUCUUCAAGAAAGACGGAUCAUCGCAAAAUCAGCAAAGCCAGCCUCUUGCAGGCGGGUCAUUAACUGUCGCACCCACGCUGCCACCGUCAAGCCAAGAAACGGGUCUUGAUACCGUUUGGAAUGGUGUUUUGAACCUGCUGAGUGUUGCUAAAGAGACUCUGGAUGUUGUCCCGGUCCCUGGACUCAAGAGCGCGGUCGGCGGCUUCCUCGAAGUAGUUAACCAGCUGAAACAAGUUAGUGGCAACGCUGGUGCAAUUCGUCAACUCGAGAACAGUGUCGAAUUCUUUAAUCAGUCAGUAUCGAAGCCGCUGGAACAAUUCAAGGGAAAAGGGCCUGUUCCACCCGAGCUUGCCCAGGCAAUCGAUGACUUAUCGGCUGAUCUCGAUAAGGUUGUUUCGCCGCUGAGAUUGUACCUAGAUCGAGGUCUUGUUCUCCAGUGGGCGGAUCAUAACAAAAUCGGAGGUGAUGUCCAGGCAGCUGGGGAAGGGAUACGUGAUGCAGUGAGGGCCUUUCAGGCUGCGCAAGUAGUCCGACUUGCCUUAGGGAUUGAGCAACUCCGCAUGGAUGAAGAAGCAAAUCGGUUACUUGACACUCUUCAUU